AAGCCUCUCGUGACAUUGAGAAAGUAUUAUCACGUUCUAACUCUCCCAAAAACUAAGAGGUCGUGAUGAUGCCUUCUCGUCCAAUCUCGACGUCCGAGGAUGCUACUGAGAAGAAACUGAGCGGCCAGUGAGACUUGACACACAAAUGAAAGCCACAGAUCCCAGUGCUUCAAGAGUGAUCCCAGUGCUAUCUCAGGCGACGAGUCCCUCAAGCUCAGGCAAUCAACCACCGCGACGCGAUGGAUCAUGCAAACUAUGUGGCCAAAGAACAGACGAACGCUUUGUUUAUCAUUCGCGUUUUGCCGCUCACCUUCCCUUCUCCUUCUUUCCCCUCAUCACUUACUUCUCUACGCUCGUUGCCAGGCAUUCUGCAUCACCGCUUCCGCUCGUUCGCAGCACCACUGUCCAUCAGAGCUUCCGCUGGAUCUUCAUUAGGCCCUUCAGCUUUUCAACUUUCAUUCUCAGAGACACUGUUCCAUCCUUGAACUCAAUCACAAUGUCAUCCAUGCGAGGCCACGACCACGUCGAGCUAAAAGCCGGCGAACCACGCGAGUACAUGGCGACUCGACGCACCGUUGCGAGCACCAAGCGCAGCAGCAUGGCGUUUUCCAUGCUCAUCGCAACCUUUGUCUGUGCCGUCGGUGGCUUCCUUCUCUGCAGCAGCCUUCCCUCUCUGGCGCUCGCUGAGUCUACACUCCUCAAGGAUUCUAUCAAUGACCACUUCGAUCCCCUGGUUGCUCGCGAUGAGCCAGAGUCCGACGUCACUUCAACUCUGGUCGAUGGAGGCAUCAUGGUCCCAAUCUCUACCCAGACGCAGCUCGAGACCUUUUACUCCAUCAGCAUGCCUGAGCCCUCGGCUACCUCGUCCUCCAUGGAGGAAGAUGCCUGCGCUGUUGAGGUAGUCACUCAAACGCAGACGAGGACCAAUAUGGUCACAGUGACGCUGUGGCCUACCCUGCCAAGCGAGGACCAGACUGUCACCGGUGACGCUUCCACUGUCACGGACCUCAACACGGAGACUGCCUACACGUCUGAUACUUGUGAUGCCACUGUCUCUGGCGACCCCUCGACUGUCACAGACUUCCAGACAGAGAUCACCGGCUACCCCGACGUGACCGUCUCCGGCGCGCCGUCUACCGUGACCACAACCGUCACAUCCAUGUCCAUCUUUACCACUAUCACGGUGUCUGACUUGUUCUCUCCCCUCUUGCCCCCUGACGAGCCCCAGAACACCUCGGCGGCCAAGGGCGAUGGCGUAAUCGUCACAGGCGGGCCUCUCUACCCUACCAACGCCACCGUCAUCGUCAUGCCCUCGGAGGCAAUGACCUACGCCCCUGUCCCCACGGUAUCGCCGGUCUUUGGAUCCGGCGCUGAACAGAGCAAGGCUUUCAGCAACGUCGGCGGUGCGCUGAUGCUUGCUGCCGCCGUCAUGUACGUGCUCUAAUGGGUGCCGCACGGGCCCCUAGCUUGUACCAAGAUGGUGUUCGGUAAAGGACAAGGGGUUGGUCACUGUACGAAGGAAGGAGACAAGUGUUGGUACGUUGCUACGAUCAUCUAGGGAAAAUUGCGUGCGAGAAGGACUGUUUGGUAGUGUCAUUUGGAGUGAAUC